UUGGAGUGCUGUUCGACCGCACGAAUGGCGUCCAAUACUACUCGAGUGGGUCCACGGAUCUGGUGGCCGACUGUUGCCCAUUGGCCGCGCAGAUCACAGUGGGUAUGGAUGUGAUCGCCAAAUGCCUGAACGGCUUCAUGGAGGGAACGGUGGCCGACAUAUCGGUCGACAACAGUAACGGCAAUAACAGCGCCCAGAAGACGGUCUAUCAGAUCCGGUUCGGCGCCGACAACGCCUGCGAAUGGCUCUCCAGACCUCAUCUCCGGCUUCGAGUGCAGCCGUGGAGUGAGGAGACGGGCGACGAGUGCUCGGAGUCGCCCGUCACGGGCGGCGCCCACCCGAUGACCAACAGCUACGACAGCAAACUAGUGGGCCCUCAGCCCCACCCAAACCCCCCGCAGCCCAUGAACUCGCCGAACGUGAUCAGCGUUAUAACGAUGGCAUCGCUCGCACAACAGCCACCCAUUCCUCCGGCGCUGUCGUCCACCCACUCGUCAUCGCAUCCGCCACUCAAUAGCCCGCUCUCUCCCCACCACCAGAGGGCGCAAGUGAUGGCGCAGUACUCUCUCGGCUCGAACACGACGACCACCGACGACGACGACCCGGAGUACUGUUCGGACGACGCGGACGUCGACGACGAAGAGAUCUGUCAGUUCUCCAACUCGAGUACACCGACGACGCCCAACGUCUUCACGUUCAAGCAGUGCUCGGCGCCCAACACACCCACCGCUCGCGAACCACAUUCCCUGAUCGGCGGUGGCGGACACAUGAGCUCCGGGAGCGGUUCGGCGGUUCCCACCACUCCUAACAAGUAUAAGAAGGGAGACAUAGUGUCGGCGCCCAACGGGAUCCGCAAGAAGUUCAAUGGGAAGCAGUGGCGGAGACUGUGUUCGCGCGACGGCUGCACCAAAGAGUCGCAGAGACGGGGCUUCUGUUCGCGUCACCUGUCGAUGAAAUCGACGCCUCAACAGCACAACACCUCCUCCGCCAUUGCGUACAACCAGUCGUCGGCCAAACUCUCGCCACUGAACCCAACGGUGGGACGAGUGAUGGGUUUGGAGGCGUCGCGCGAAUCCAAUCACAUAAUGAACUCAAUGUCCGGUGAAUCUCAUCGUCCGCUGCAGCCCACAGCCAACCCGUCGAGCGGUCAGUUCGACACCGCAGAGGCGGCCAAUAUGUUGAUGUCUUUGAGCCAUUCGCCCAACGCGUUGACAAACGGGUCGGCCGGUGGACAGCAUAACAGUGUCAUCGUUCAGCACAACACCAGUCAGUCUCACAACGCACUCAACAACCCAUCGCCACAACAAUCGCAUCCAUUGCCACUCAUUUCAUUGCAAUACAGCCAUCACUACGACUCGAAUCAGACGAACCACUCGUCGGCCAACAGGAAUCACAUCAUAACACCGGCCACUCAUCUGCUGCCCAUUUUCCAGCCGCCGACUCAACCGCCGCCCCCUCUCAGACACCCGGGCGAUGGUCUCUCAUCUCAUCGCGCGCUCAACGGUCACCAAAACCAAGUCAUUUUAAUGACUCCCAUCGCGUCGGCAGAAGCGAUGUCGUCGCCGAACCACUCGUCGCAACCGCAGCCAAACAUCUCCUCAGACGGCAAACCCAUACCUUUGUUUCCGUGGCAUUCGUUGGUGCCGUUCCUCUCGACCGCCCCAUCGAUGCCGUCGUCGCGUCUGUCGCCUCCGCUCUCAGCGCCGCCUCAUUUCGCUGACACCGAUAACUCCGAUAACGACGACGUGUUCGAGAUGUCCGCCAAUUCGGUCACAAACGACAAGAUGGGCGUCGAGUCGUCGAAGGAUUUGACGCAAAACGUGUCCACUUAUAACAAGAGGAGGAGUCAGUCGUUGAGUGCUUUGCAACAAAUGAAAAACUCCGGUUCAAAAGAGUAUAAAGAAAGCAAAGGUCUGAAGGGUUCGGCCAAACAGCACAUCCGACGCCCGAUGAAUGCGUUUAUGAUCUUCUCGAAGAGGCACCGGGCGCUCGUCCAUCAACGGCACCCCAACUCCGACAACCGGACAGUGAGUAAGAUAUUAGGCGAGUGGUGGUACUCCUUGGGUCACGAGGAGAAGCAGAAGUACCACGACCUGGCCUUUCAGGUCAAAGAGGCGCACUUCAAGCGACACCCGGACUGGAAGUGGUGCUCACGAGGCGGUGGCGCACAGCAGCCCAAUAUGAUGGCCAACGGAGGGCCGCCGCCCGAAGGCUGCGACAAGAAGAUGGCGCCCAAACCCAGCGCCAAGAAAUCCAAGUCCUGUUCGGAAGAGUCGGACAAAGAGAUUAACGUUUGCGAAGACUUUUCGGCCAUUUCUUCGGACGAAGACGACGACGAGCCCAACGAUAUGGUCAUUGAUCUCAAGUGCAAGGAGUCGGUGGCCGUCGAAGACGAGUCCUCGUCGGUCGACGACCCGACGUCUGUCGACAACCAACAGAAACACUGCGUUCGCUUCAGUUCUCCCAUUUCGAUGUCCAUCGAGUCGUCGCCCAAAAUCACGGAAUCUGUGGCCACUCCUAAACCUAUUAGAUCUCAAUCGUUGAAUAGUCCGCCGAAUUCUGCCAAACCUUUCAGCGGAUUAACCGCUUUUCAGCCCAAAGGGGCCGUAUUUAAAGACGUCGGUCCCCUCUGCGCCGGUCUGCCCGUCACCACAACCUCUUUUGACUCCCUGUCAGCCCAUGCGGACCAACCUCUGGACGCGACGUGCAGUUCUGUGGCGCAGAAGUUGGGUCGCGGGUCACUGCCAUCGCCGCUAAUCAUACCAGUCAUGAGUCAGACAACUGCUGCCAUGUCUUCACUGUCACCACAAACAGCUCUCUUCACGACAUCGCCGUCGCUGACGAUUAGCGCCAAAUCACAGCAAAUGCAGACCAUAUCGUCGGCGCCCUAUAUGACCGGCAAAUACAAGAAUUUGGUGAAAACGCCGCCAUCGCCGCAGACACUCACCUCAGCCGGGGGUCUGUCGGCAGUCGCACAACAAAGAUCUCCCGUUAUUGUCGCACAACAGACCCAGAGGUCGACCAAUGAUUCUCAGACGACCACUGCAUCCGUGCCGUCGACGGCCCCCUCAGAGCCGCUGUUUUAUAAGACGGUUAUGAACUUCAAGAGCGGGAACCUGUCGAUGACAACGCCUCCCACGCCGCUCGUGAUUCCAACCGUCAAAGUAGAGCCGCCGCCCAAUUCGCCCCCCAAUGCGGGCGCCGCCACCGCUGCCGCCGACGAGAACAAGUCGACGAAGGCGUCGACCACUGGCGCCAACGCCAGCGAAGGGAAGUUCGUGUUGGCGCCGACACCCGCACAGCUCGGGAAGGUUCGCAAUAAGAAGGCGUCGAACGGCGAGUCGACGGCCAGCGACGGCGACAAUAGGGACUUAGCGGCGGCCGAGAGGGACGCCAUGGAUCGGGUGCUCGAAGAAGUGAACUUUGAGCGACAGUUCGCUCAGUUGCCUGAAUUCAAGCCAACCCGCACUCCGCUACUGAACAGCGCGACGGCCACACCGACCACUCCUAUACCGUUGUCGCCCAGUCUUACGGCGGCGUUCGUCAGCUCUUACCGGAAACGGCAGCGAAUGAGUCACUCCUCACAACAGUCUGCGGCGACCACUCCGUCGAGCGCUGCGUUGCCUAAGACUCCCGAAACGGCCGCUACGACUUCGCCCGACACCGACACCUCCGGCAACACGUUCUUCGGGCCGACAUUCAAUUUGGGAGAAGCGCUCGCGUCGACCAACUCUGAAGCGGACGUCCCCUCACCGCUCACACCCGCAGGCGGCGAAACCGAGAAGAGUUCGUCUCUACGAAGAACUUUGGAUCAAAGGAGACAACUAGUGAUGCAUUUCUUCAAUGAAAAGGGUCUCUUCCCCUCCGCUCAGGAAACGGCAGAAUUUCAGAUGAAAUACUCGUCAAUAUUUCCGAAUAAGAAUACACUUCAGCUUAAGAUACGAGAAGUACGACAGAAGUUGAUGUCCACGACUCCAACCACUCCUAACUCGGCGCUCAAUGCGGGCGCACAGCAGCAGAUGACGGGCGGCGCCUGUGACCUGUAUUCGGGCCAACACUCGGACGACUCGUCUCACGGCAGACCACAAUCAGACAUCAGUGCAAACAAAUAGAGAGCUAAUCAUCAAAUGAAUCAUUAAUUCAAAAGCAGACACUAAUUAAAUAAAUUCAACAAAUCGUUAAAAAUGAUUAUUUUCGAUGUUUUUGUGUUAAAUAUAUUGAACU